AUGGACAAUCAUUUCAAAAUGAACUAUCUAUUAAACUCUCUUUAUGGGAAGGCUAGAACAUUCAUCAAGCAGUACGAAAUUUCACGCGAACCUUAUCUCAUAAUCAUAGGUCAUCUAAAGGCCACGUAUGGCAAUAAGCAAGCCGUCAUAAAUCAUUUAUUGAGCAGGAUACACAGAGCACAAGCAAACAGCGAGCGACUAGAAGACCAAGAAGGAGAAAUAAACAUGUAUGGCUUCAGGAUAGAGCACCUGAUGGCAUUCUUAAAAGAAUGCUUGAGCUGCUCAAUCUUCAGAUGGUCUGGAAAGUACUACACUCAAAUAAGAGGGUUGGCAAUGGGACAACGACUGGCUCCAAGCCUUGUCAUUGCAUUUAUGUCUAAGGUGGAAGCACCGGUGACUGAUCUCGGGCCGCUACUCUACUGUAGGUAUGUAGACGACUGCUUUGUCCUUUGCUCAACACAAGAGGAAAUGGACAGAUGCUUCGAAUUGUUAAACGCACAGUCAGAGUAUGUCAAGUUCACCCGAGAAAAGCCGUAA